AUGUUUGGACGGAAACUUUUACCAGUAUUGAAGAAGCUUCCUGGUAAGACAAAAAUUAAGACCCCUUCGUCAUCAAUCCAAGGACCAUUCAAUGACAGAUUUACUAUGUUGACAUACAAUAUGCUAUCCCCGUAUUACAUGUGGCCACAGGUGUAUACAUAUGUGAAGGAUGAAUAUAAGGAUUGGGAUUAUCGACAUAGGCUGCUGGAACAUGAGCUAUUUUACAAGUACAAGUCAGAUAUUAUUUGUUUGCAGGAAUUGACUACAAACGAUUACAAUGAGUUUUGGAAGAAACAAAUGAUGAAUAGAAUGAACUACGGGUCCAACUUCACCGCAAAGACACCUCCCAAAUAUUGGACGAAGCCUUUGGAAUGUAUGGAUGGGGUAGGAAUUUUUUACAAUUUGGAUAAGUUCGAGUACCUGUUUUCCAGCAGUUUAUAUCUCAAUGAUCUUGUUGGAACGUUUGAUCAACAGGAGUUACACUACUUAACCCAUCAUAAUAUUACACUCACAAAUGGUGCGGGUGAUGUUAUUGGCGAAGAUAGUUUAUAUAAUGUGGCUAAGGCAAGAAACCAAGUGUGUCUUUUCGUAAUGUUACGGCAUAGGGAAAGUAAAUCGAUAAUCGUGGUAAUUAAUACACACUUAUAUUGGAAAUACGAUGAAGUCAAAUUAGUACAAUGUUUGAUCAUUAUGCGGAAACUUCAACGGAUAAUUAAAGGUCUUUUAAUGGGGAUUGAAGGAGUUACUUACUCGAAUGUCAAGAUUUUGUUUAGCGGAGAUUUCAAUUCGUCACGAGAUUCUCUUGUCAUCAAGUUUUUAAACGGAAAAAUAAUCAAGCAUGGAGACAUUAACCUGCAAAAUCCAAUGAGAGCUUAUUUGAGCCAUUCCAUCUACGACGAUAUCCCUGAAGACGCUUACGUCCACACAUGUUAUUCAGGCAAACUUAAGGGCAUUUUCGACUAUAUAUGGUUCCAUCCAGGAGAUUUUGAAGUGGAAAAAGUACUCAGCGGCCAAGAAGUAUCAAAAGAACUAACCCAUCUAAAUGAUUUCGGUCUCCCUAAUAAAUAUCAUCCGAGUGAUCAUAUUCCUGUUUUAACGGAACUAAGAAUACUAUGA